UACCUACGUUCUGGAAACACAUAAUACUGUACACAGAGUUUUAAGAGAAUGAUGUAGAUCUAGAGAAAAAGAAUAUUUGGUUGGAACUGUGGAUUUGUAAAAAAAAAAAUUAGUUGUUUUUUUUUAACAAAAUUUUGCACAAUUUUUUAAAUGUAAACUUUAUUAAGUUUUUAUUAUAUUCAUUUAAACGUGUUAUUUCUGUCUUAAGACAUCAAGAUGAAUGUAAAUCUGAUUCUUGUUGUAGUUGUAUUUCUGGUGUCGUUGGCUGUCAAUGUUUUAACAGAAAGCGCCGACGCUGGAGAUGAACAUGAACUUUCCAUGGCUAGUCAACAUGAUAUCAAUCGAUACAGACGUAUGGGAAUAAGGAGAAACAGGGGCUGGGAUAGAGAUAGAAACAACAGAAACAAGCAAGGCAAAAAGAAGGGAAAUAACUCCAAGAAACAGAGACUGUCACCAGAAGAGAGAAUUGGAGUAGCCAACAAUCAUGUGGCCCUGAACGUCUUUACUAGCCUCUACCCCAGCAUAAACAGCAACACCAUCUUCUCACCGCACAGUCUGCACACAGCCUUAGCCAUGACCAUGCUAGGGGCUAAGAAAGACACCAAGAAAGAGUUUUACAGCUCUCUAGGUUUUAAGACAGCGAAAGUUGGCAGGUCUGAAGUCCACGGUAUUUACAAUAAACUCCUGUCGUCUUUAUCACGUCAACAAGACGUCACUCUAUACAACGCUAAUAGUGUCUUCGUAAAGUUUGGGCUGCCACUGAAGACAAAUUUCAGUCGAGUUUUGACCACUCACUACCACGCCAAGGUGGACAACUUUAACAUGGCUGAUCCAGAAGGUCCUGAACGCUCAAUUAACGCCUGGGUGGCCAAAGCAACACGCGGAAUGAUUUCAGACAUUUUAAAGAAAGGCGAUGUAAACAUUAACACAGCCAUGAUCAUAAUGAAUGCGGUUUACUUAAAAGCUUCUUGGGCGGACCAGUUCGAACCCUGGAACACCGAACCAAAACCUUUUUAUUCUUUGAACUCAGGCGUGCAGACUAUUUCGACCAUGAACAUUUUGACAAUUUACAACUAUGCCAACCACCACGAUACUGAAGUCAUUGAGCUAGGCUUUAAAGGCUCUGAAUUAGCCAUGUAUAUAUUGUUACCUAGCGCGAACUCCAGUCUAAAUAAACUUUUACAGGAAAUGAAGGCCCGCUCAGCUGUAGCCAACCCCAUGGACGUGUUACUAACUGGCCUAAAAUCUAGGAAGCUUGACUUUUUCUUACCUAAGUUUAAAAUAGAAAGUGACGUCAUGGAUUUGAUUCCAGCCCUAAAAAACUUGGGAUUAAAGAAAGCAUUUGACGCUAGCCAGGCAGAUUUUAAGGACAUUGCCAACACUGACAAACAGAGACUGUACAUAGACAAGGUUGUUCAGAAAGCUGUCAUUAAUGUGAAUGAGUUUGGCUGCGAGGCAGCUGCUGAGACAUUUGUUGGCAUAAUGGUCGGCUCCCAAAUGUUUCCACCACCAAUUCUGGAGGUCAAAGUUGAUCGACCCUUUUUAUACAUCAUCCGCAGCAAGGCUCAGAAAGUGGUUCUCUUCAUGGGAACAUUUGUUGGUGUUUAGAUCACAGUGUCACAUUUGUUGGUGUUUAGAUCACAGUGUCACAUUUGUCAUGUUCACUUGGUAGUAAUGUAGUUUACUUAACAACAAAGUAAUAGACUAUAAAUGUAACAAAUUCAAAGCUUUGUUGUACACAAAUUAUAACUUCAUAUUCAUAUCAUUGAACUAUGUUGUAAGUGAUCAAUAUACAGCUAGCUGAAAAAAUAAAUGGCACAUUUCUUAUUUCAUACACUAGAACAAAUUCGUACAAGUGUUCCUUCUUUCCUAGUGCCAUUAGAGAUUGAAUGGGUUGCCUGAAUCAGCCAGGAAAACCAAUAACUUUUUAUUGCAUUCUCUACUAUGUCUAGGCAAAGUAGGCGUCACAUCCUUGGUGACCUCAUUGAUCACAAAAUUAGGUCACAUGUUAUAACACGUGGAAAAAGAAAAAGCCAGAGAGAAGUUGAUAUAAAUAUAUACAAUAUAAUAAUACAUAAUUAGCAUAGGUUAAAUAAGAAAGAGGAAGAAAAUGAAAUGUAAAAGGGUCAAUGGUAUUGAGGUGCCAUGGUUCUAGAUUAUUCUGAGGAAAGAUAUCAAAUGAGGAGUAGUAACUUAGGACUAGAAAGUUGGAUUUAGAAGUCGCUAGUUUGAAAGUAAAUAGUUACCUUAUUGUAUUGGUCAUUAUUAUUGUAUCCUGUAUCUACCUAAUACAUGAACUGCAUAAAUACAUUUAUUGUUCUAAGUUAGAGUUUUAAAGAAUUAAACUCUAGAAAAACUCUA